AAAUCCAUCUCUCCGUUUUUCCGUUCUCCUGAAUUUUCCGUCAUUCUCACACACACACACCUACUAAAAGCCCUAUAUUUACCCUCAAUUUCCACUUCUUAUAAAUCAUAAUAAUUCUUAGUAUUCAAAUUACCAACGAAAAAUCCUUAAAACUAUAAUUAGGGUUUUAAAUUUUCCCCCCUUCUAUUAAUUACUCCAAAAAUUUUAUUAAAUAAAUGGCAACUUCUUCUUCCUCCUCCUUUUCUUCUUCUUCUUCGACGAGCGGCGUGUAUAUUCAAGUAAUCGAAGACGUUAUCGGUAAGAUGCGAGAAGAGUUUAUUAGUAAUGGCGGUCCUGGUGAAGGUGUUCUUAAUGAACUUCAAGGAUUGUGGGAAUUGAAGAUGAUGCAAGCUGGAGCUAUACUGAAUUCAAAUGACAGAUCUGUGACUGCAAAUUUGACGGCCCCUGGGGCUCUGACGAAUACUGUCCGUGAUCUUAAUGUACCUUAUAAUGGGCCUGAAGAGUAUGAGACACCUACAGCUGAUUUACUUUUCCCUCCGACACCUUUACAGACACCAUUACAGACACCUUUGCCAGCUCCAACCCCAUUACCAGGAGCAGCCCCAACACCGUUACCAGGGACUGUGGAUACUUCAUACAAUAUACCUACCGGGGGCACUCCCAUUACCCCAAAUGAUUAUUCUCCUGCAGUUGAGAAUGGAACUUCAGACAGCCAGUCUGGGAGGCCUAGCCAAUACAUGCUACCACCUACUUCCUGGUUGAACGAGAGGCCUCAUGUUGAUGUAAAUCUUGCUUAUGAGGAAGGACGCGAGGAGACUGACAGAGGAGUAGCCCAUCCACCCAUGACUCAGGAUUUCCUUCAGUUGACUUCUGGAAAGCGAAAGCGAGAAGAUUUUCCUCCACCUCAUCGUCCAGGUGGAUUUAUUCCACAACAAGAUGGAGCUGGAGAUGCAACAGCUGAUCAUUAUAGGGUUGUUCAAGGGAGCAAUUCUCAACCUGGUAAUGUUAUUUCUCAAUUGGAUGGGCCUGCUGUUGAUCCUUAUGAUGGUCCACUUUCUACACCUAAUAUGUACCACUAUCAGGGAGUUAUAAAUGAAGACUACAAUGUUGCAAACACACCUGCUCCGCCUGAGUUACAAACACCUACUCCUGCCAUGGUCCAUCAAAGUGAUGUUUUAGGCGAUGAUGAAGAUGAGCCUUUGAAUGAAAAUGACGACGAUGAUGAUCUGGACAAUGUGGAUGAAGCCGAGGAACUAAAUUCACAACAUUUGGUUCUUGCCCAGUUUGAUAAGGUGACCCGUGCAAGGAACAGGUGGAAGUGUACUCUCAAGAAUGGCAUUAUGAAUAUAAAUAACACAGAUAUUUUGUUCAACAAGGCAUUAGGAGACUUUGAUUUUUGAUCGUCCACAAAAGCUGGUAACCCACCAACUGUGGCCAACGAGAGAACAUACCUCUAGUCAAUGAAGACAAAGUUAAUCUUUCUGGACCAAUCAUGUCAUAACCAAUUUUGUACUUUCAUGUAGUAAAACUUGCAAGCAUCGUCUUUAGAUUAGGUCAUCCAAAAAAAAAAAAAAACCCCAAAUUGAGGUCGUUUUAGCUCACCCAAUAAACAAAUCCCCAAUUGAGGUAACUAUUGAUGUUAUGAGGGGGACGUUAUAACCAGUUGUAUAUAAAGUGGGAGAGCUUGAUGUUAUUUUGUCCUAUAAUAGAACUAGAAUUUUUACCACGCAAGUUGCUGCGGGCAUAACUUUUUUCACAUAGUAUAUGAAUGAAAAAAUUUUAUCCUUGGAAUUA